UUAGUAAGUUUUCAUCAUCAUUUGGAUGUGAUUUAAUGUUAAUUCAUUUGACAUUUAUGAUUUUCGUUUUUAGAUCUAAUAAUAAAAUGCUUCGAAACCCUAAUUACUUGUAUGGUGAGGACUCGCUAUUGCAAGUGCCAGCUCAUGGAAACUUUGCCAAAUACGUGCUACAGAAGUUAUGGAUAUGCGAAGACCAAUUGGCUCUGAUCAACGGAAAAACCCAUGAACAGCUAACCUACCGACAAAUGGCCAAAGACGCCAUGAAUCUUGCCGUCUCUCUCGUCCGCAUGGGUGUUAGAAAAGGAGACACAAUCGGCAUAUGUGCAGAGAACAGGCAGGAGUAUUUCAGCGCUUGUAUAGGAAUUAUAAGCACCGGCGCUGUAUUGACUUGCAUUAAUCCAGGAUAUGUUGAUGGCGAACUAAAACACGUGUUAAAUAUAUCGAAACCAAAAAUAAUUUUCUGUUCACCCGCCUCUUACAAAUCACAUUCAAAAACCUUACAAUCUUUACCAUUCAUUGAAAAAUUUAUACUUUUCGGAAGAGAAAAACAAAAUAAUACAUUAUCGUAUGAGGAAUUCGUGGAAUCCACAAAAGAUAUAAGUUUAGAUAAUUUUGACGUCAUAGAUGUGACGGGGCAAAUUGAUACAGCAGUGAUAGUGUACUCUUCAGGGACCACUGGUUUGCCUAAAGGAGUCAUGUUGACACAUUUUGGUUCUAUUGCUUCUUGUGAAAUGUCGUAUUCAAUGGAUCCAAAGGAGCCGGUCCUGCUUAUUAAUCCAUGGUAUCAUGUCAUGGGAUUGUUUGGCAGCAUACGAGUAUUCGUUAAUAGAGGUAUAAUCGUGCAUUUGCCGAAGUUUGAUAUCGAUUUGUAUAUGAAGACUAUCGAGGUAUACAAAAUAGGCCAAAUAACAGUAGCCCCGCCGGUCCUUAUUGCAGUGUGCAAGUUCAAAUCAACUUAUGACGUUAGCUCCUUGAAAAUUGUUUACUCUGGAGCUGCCCCUCUGAAGGAUGAUACCAUUGCAGCAGUGAGAGACAGAUUUCCAAAUCUCAAAGCUGUACUGCAAGGGUAUGGUAUGACCGAGAUCACAUUGUGUGGGAGCAGGCAUACCCUGGAAGAUGUCCUAAAAGACAAAGUCGCUGGAGUGGGACAUGUUGCACCUGGCACUGUUAUAAAGAUCGUUGAUUUAGAAUCAAGAAAAUCCGUGGGGCAUGACCAAGUGGGAGAAAUUUGCAUAAAGACUAUCACAAUUAUGAAAGGCUACGUCGACAAAGACAACAGCGAAGACUUCGAUGAUGAAGGGUUUUUUAAAACCGGAGACAUCGGAUACUACGAUCAGGACAAGAACUUAUUUAUUGUGGAUCGGCUGAAGGAACUCAUCAAGUAUAAAGGCUUUCAGGUAGCACCGGCAGAACUAGAAGGGGUAUUGCUCGAGCACCCGGGUAUCAAAGAUGCGGGAGUGGUGGGGAUACCACACGAAAGUGCAGGGGAGGUACCGCGGGCAUUUGUUGUACUCCAACCCGGGAGUAGCCUGACUGAAGAGGAGAUUAAGGCUUUUAUUGCUACGAAGCUUUCAAACCCGAAGCACAUCCGCGGCGGCGUAAAGUUCGUGGCGGAAAUACCUAAGACGCCCAGCGGCAAGAUUCUGCGGAAACUUCUCCGAGAGAUGGCUAAAGUCAAAAGUCAUUUGUAGCCCAAAUAUAUUCAUAAACUAGCGGACGCCUAAGUAUUCAUCCACGAAAAAAUUCGGCUUUCCAACACAGAAAAACAUCCACAAUCACAAACGGAACCAUAUUCGGCUCACUGCUGAGUCCACCACGCUCACCCAAUGCGGCAUAAGCAGGCUUAUCUCACAGAGAGAGAUUUAAGAAAAUUCAGGGCUGCUGGUUUCCUCACGAUGUUUUUCCUUCACCGUAUGACACGAGAUAUUAAAUUUCUUAAAAUGCACAUAACUGAAAAGUUUGAGUCGCACUCCCUGGAUUGGAAUCGAACCUGCGCCCUACGGGAUCGGAGGCGGAGGUCAUCCCCUAGGCUAUCAAGGCGCGUUCGCUAGUAUUAUUAAGCAUUUUAUUUACGAUCUCUAUGGCAGUGUGAAGCUUUAUAGUAUAAGUUUAUAAAUUAAAUAGCUAUUUGUUGUGGUUUUGAAUUUAAUUUUCAAUAUAAUUAUUUAUUAUA